AUGUUUGCUUUAAUUAUUUACAAUACUUGGCUCUCAGCUCAGAAUCCUUGGUGGUGGGUUACCAAGAUUCGUCCCGACCAUACAAAGCACGUUUUAAACUGUUUCAGUUUAUUUGCACAUCAACUAGUCAAGGCGUUAGAUCAUAUUUUGGCUAUAGUACUUCACAACUACACUAGUAAGAGAAUUAAAUACCACUCAAUACUUUCUUUUAUUCUACAGAAUAAACUUCAGUAUUUGCGUGGACAGUUUACUCGGGAGCUUGCCAAAGCCAGAGAAUCUCAAAAUGCAGUAAAUCCAGAUGAUGUAUAUGUCCCAUGUACCUACUGGUUCAAGGAGUUAGAUUUCUUGCUUGACUAUGUAAAAGUAAGAAAAGAAAAGUCCAACUUCAAUUCAUUGCAACAACACUAUUCACAGUUUGAGGAGGACACUUAUGAAUCAUCGCAAGCUCAUGAAAGCGAUGUAUCUGCAGAAGAACCAAUUAAAAAAGUCAAACGAAGACAUCAUACGCCGGUAGCAAGCUGCAGCAUGAAAAACGAAGAGGUUGUAGUGGAACCAGAAGUCAAUGUCCUGCCACAUGUAUUCAGUGUCAAUAAGACUUCUUCGAAUGAAAAGGAUGAAGCUUUUUGUAAUUUUAUCAAAUCGGAACUACAAACUAUUACUAAUGAAAAUGUAAGGGAUGAAUUGGUAGAGACUAUCACGUUAGCGCUAUUCGAAGCCAAGAAGAAACAACGCAUGUAUGCCCACGCAGCGGAGCAAUAUUAUUGAUUUCAGUCCAAUUUUAGAGUUAUACUUCCGUAAUAUUAUUUUAUAUCAGUUGAUUUGAAGUGAGUUUAGUAAAUGUGAGUUGUGCUAAUUUAA